GGAGCGCUGCAGGAGCGGCGAGCGGCGCGCGCCCAGCUCCCGGGGAAGGAACGGCGAGGCCGGCACCGGCACCGGCACCCGCUAUGGAGCGCGGGGCGGCGGCCACGGGGUGCUCGCUGCUAUUGCUGCUGGCGCUCGCUGCCUGCCCGGCGCGGGUCGGCGGCCAAGGUGUUGCAGGAUGUGAGGGUGACCAAUUUCGCUGUGGUAACGGGCAUUGUAUCCCUGCAAGCUGGCGCUGUGAUGGGACCAGUGACUGCUUGGAUGACACAGAUGAAGCUGGCUGCCCUCCUCGAUCAUGUCCAGUGGGCUUGUUCCAGUGUCACAGUGGGAGCUGCAUCUCUCAUUUGUGGGUGUGUGACCGUGAGAACGACUGUGGUGAUGGCUCGGAUGAGCAGAAUUGUCCCGGGGUGACGUGCUCGAGUGAACAGCUGACCUGCUCCAGUGGCCAGUGCAUCCCCCAAGUGUACAGGUGCGACCAUGUGCAGGACUGCGACGACGGCACCGACGAGAGAGACUGCCACUAUCCAGUGUGUGAACAGCUUACUUGUGCCAAUGGAGCCUGCUACAACACAAGCCAGAAGUGUGACUCAAAAGUGGACUGCAGGGACUCCUCCGAUGAGGUCAACUGCACUGAAACAUGCAUGCACAACGAAUUUCAGUGUGGCACUGGAGAAUGUGUCCCUCGAGGCUAUCUCUGCGACCACGACAAUGAUUGUAGAGACAGCAGUGAUGAACAUAAUUGCAACUAUGAGACCUGCAGUGGGAACCAGUUCACUUGCCCCGACGGCCAGUGCAUUCAUCAGAACUGGGUUUGUGAUGGAGAGGAUGACUGUCCAAACUUUGGAGAUGAAGAUGGAUGUGAGAGUAACCAACGCCAUCAUUCGUGCUACCCGAGGGAAUGGCCUUGCCCGAACUCCGGACAGUGCAUCUCCAUUUAUCAAGUUUGUGAUGGGGUCCCAGACUGUCCAAGAGGAGAAGAUGAGAAUGGUACUGCUGCCGGAAGUCACUGUGGUAUUGGUCUGUGCUCUGUCUUAAACUGUGAGUUCCAGUGCCAUAAGACGCCCUAUGGAGGAUCGUGUUUUUGUCCCCCAGGUUUUGUCAUCAACCAGAAUGACACCCGUACCUGUGUUGCUUUUGACGACUGCCAGAUAUGGGGCAUUUGUGACCAGAAGUGUGAAAACCGCAUGGGCCAUCACCGCUGUGGCUGUGAAGAAGGGUACGUGCUGGAGCGGGAGCGACACUGCAGAGCGAAUACUUCCUUUCCCGAGGCCUCUGUUAUCUUCUCCAAUGGCCGGGAUUUGGUAAUUGGUGAUAUUGAAGGAAGGAGCUUCCAGAUUCUAGUACAUUCUCAAAAUCGUGGUGUAGCCUUGGGUUUGGAUUUUCACUACCGGGAGCACAAAGUCUUUUGGACAGACCCCGUGGAAGAUAAGGUUUUUUCAAUUGACAUUAACAGUUUAACGAUCCAAGAAAUUCUCAGUGUUUCUGUUGAGGCGCCAGAGAAUAUAGCUGUGGACUGGGUUAACAAUAAACUUUACAUCGUAGAGACCAAGGUCAACCGCAUAGAUGUGGUGAACUUGGAUGGAAGCCACCGGGUGACCCUGAUAGCUGAAAACUUGGGGCACCCUAGAGGAAUUGCUGUGGACCCAACCAUUGGUUACUUAUUUUUCUCAGACUGGGAAAGCCUUUCUGGGGAACCCAAGUUGGAAAGGGCUUUCAUGGAUGGCAGCAACCGGAAGGACCUGGUAAAGACGAAGCUGGGAUGGCCUGCUGGGGUCACUCUGGACUUGUUGACCAGGAGGGUCUACUGGGUCGAUUCCCGAUAUGAUUGUGUUGAAACCGUAACUUACGAUGGAAUUCAAAGGAAGACAGUACUUCACGGAGGAGUUCUUAUCCCUCAUCCCUUUGGAAUCAGCUUGUUCGAGGAAAACGUGUUCUACACCGAUUGGACGAAGAUGGCCGUGAUGAAGGCCAACAAGUUCGAGGAGACCCACCCCCAGGCCUACUACCAUUCCACCCUGAGGCCCUAUGGGGUAACUGUGUACCAUGCCCUCAGGCAGCCCAACGCCAGCAACCCGUGCGGCAGUAACAACGGAGGCUGUGAGCACGUCUGUGUCCUCAGCCACAGGACAGACAAUGGGGGUCUGGGCUACCGCUGCAAGUGCUCCUUUGGCUUCGAGCUGGAUGCAGAUGAGCGCCACUGUGUGGUGCUCAAGAACUUCCUGCUCUUUUCGUCAGAAGUGGCUGUUCGGGGAAUCCCAUUCACCCCCUCUACGCAAGAGGAUGUCAUCCUUCCGGUGACAGGGAGUUCUUCUUUCUUCCUUGGGAUUGACUUUGAUGCCCGGGAAAGCACUAUCUUUUUUUCAGAUAUCUCACAGGACAUGAUUUACAAACAAAAGAUUGAUGGCACAGGAAGAGAAAUUCUCACUGCUAACAGGGUGCAAAAUGUUGAAAGUUUGAGUUUUGACUGGACUUCAAAGAAUCUGUAUUGGACAGAUGCUUCUUUGAAGACCGUUAGCGUCAUGAGACUUGCUGACAAAUCCAGACGUGCAAUAGUGCAGAAUUUGAACAACCCUCGGGCAAUUGUGGUUCAUCCUAUUGCUGGGUAUAUAUUUUUCAGUGAUUGGUUCCGUCCUGCUAAAAUCAUGAGAGCAUGGGCAGAUGGAUCUCACCUUGAGCCUAUAGUGAACAGGACGCUUGGGUGGCCCAAUGGAUUGGCCAUUGAUUGGGAGGCUUCACGACUGUACUGGGUAGAUGCCCUUUUUGAUAAAAUUGAGCACAGCACUUUUGAUGGUUUAGAUAGAAGAAGACUGGGCCAUAUAGAGCAGAUGACCCAUCCAUUUGGACUUGCUGUCUUUAAAGAUCAUGUGUACUUUACUGACUGGAGACUGGGUGCUGUUGUUCAAGUCAGGAAACUGGACGGUGGAGACAUGAGAGUCAUUCGAAGUGGCAUCAGCAGGGUGAUGCAUGUGAAAGCCUAUGAUGCGGACCUCCAGACUGGGGCGAACCAGUGCAAUCAGCCUACCCAUCCCAAUGGCGACUGUAGCCACUUCUGCUUCCCUGUGCCGAAUUUCCAGCGGGUGUGUGCGUGUCCCUACGGCAUGAGAUUGACUUCCAACCACUUGACGUGUGAGGGGGACCCUGUCCACGAACCACCCACAGAACAGUGUGGCACCUUUUCCUUCCCCUGUAGCAAUGGCAGAUGUGUGCCCAGUUCCUCCCGCUGUGACGGGGUGGAUGACUGCCAUGAUAACAGUGACGAGCAUCAGUGUGGCACAGCUAAUAACACCUGUUCCCCUUGGGCAUUCACCUGUGGCCAUGGAGGAGAGUGUAUUCCUAGUCAUUGGCGCUGUGACAGACACAGUGAUUGUGUGGAUGGCAGUGAUGAGCAAAACUGUCCCACUCAGGCACCUACCUCUUGCCCUGUGUCCUACUUCACCUGUGACAAUAACCGCUGUAUCCCGAGAGACUGGCUCUGUGACACAGACAAUGACUGUCGCGAUGGAUCUGAUGAAAAGAACUGCAAUGCUUCAUCGACAUGCCAACCCAGCCAGUUCCAUUGCCCUGAUCAUCGAUGUAUUGACCCAUCCUAUGUCUGUGAUGGAGACAAGGACUGUGCUGAUGGAUCUGACGAGGCUGGGUGUACAUAUAACUGCACUGCUUCUCAAUUCAAAUGUGCUAACGGGAAUCAGUGUAUCAGUAACAGAUACCGCUGCGAUGGUGUGUAUGACUGCAGUGACAACUCCGAUGAGGCAGGCUGUUUGACCAGGCCUCCUGGGAUGUGCCACACAGAUGAAUUUCAGUGCCAAGGAGAUGGAACCUGCAUCCCAAGCACCUGGGAGUGUGAUGGGCACCCAGACUGUGUCCACGGGUCUGACGAGCACCAUGGCUGUGCUCCCAAGACCUGUCACCCAUCUAAUUUCCGCUGUGACAAUGGAAACUGCAUCUACAAAGAUUGGGUCUGUGAUGGGGACAAUGACUGCAGGGACAUGAGUGAUGAGAAGGACUGCCCUACUCAGCCCUUUCACUGCUCCUCUUGGCAGUGGCAGUGCCCCGGCUAUGCCAUCUGUGUGAACCUGAGUGCAGUGUGUGAUGGUAUCUCUGACUGCCCCAAUGGGACAGAUGAGUCCCCACUUUGCAAUGAGGACAACUGCUCACAUUUCAAUGGUGGUUGUACUCACCAGUGUAUUCAAGGGCCUUUUGGGGCUACAUGCACAUGUCCUUCAGGAUACCAACUUGCCAAUGAUAGUAAGACCUGUGAAGACAUUAAUGAAUGUGAUACUCCAGGAUUUUGUAGCCAGCUCUGCUACAAUCAGAGAGGUUCUUUCCGGUGCACUUGUGAGAAUGGCUACAGAUUAGAAGGUGAUGGGAAGACUUGCAAAGCUACAGCAUCUGAAAGCGUGCUAUUGCUUGUGGCAAGCCAGAACAAAAUUAUUGCUGACAAUAUCACCUCUCAUGUCCACAAUAUCUUCUCACCGGUCCAGAACGGCUCUCACAUUGUGGCUCUUGAUUUUGAUUCAGUCAGUGAUCGUAUCUUUUGGUCAGACUCGAGUCAGGGUAAAACUUGGAGUGCAUUUCCAAAUGGGACAGAUAGGAGAAUAGUGCAUGAAAGUGGUGUUUCCAUGACAGAAGCUAUUGCAGUAGACUGGAUAGGACGGAAUCUUUACUGGACAGACUAUGCUCUGGAAACAAUUGAAGUCUCUAAAAUUGAUGGGAGCCACAGAAUGGUGUUGAUUAGCAAAAACGUAACAAAUCCACGGGGACUAGCACUGGAUCCCAGAAUGAAUGAGCACGUGCUGUUCUGGUCUGACUGGGGCCGUCACCCUCGCAUUGAGCGAGCCAGCAUGGACGGAACCUUGCGUACUGUCAUCGUGCAGGAAAAAGUCUACUGGCCGUGCGGCUUGACUAUUGACUACCCCAACAAGCUCAUCUAUUUCAUGGAUUCGUAUUUUGAUUACUUAGACUUUUGUGAUUAUAAUGGACAACAUCGGAGGCAGGUGAUAGCUGGUAAUUUGAUCCUGCAGCACCCCUACGCCCUGACGCUUUUUGAAGAAUCCGUCUUCUGGACAGACCGUUCCACUCGUCGGGUUAUGGAGGCCAACAAAUGGCAUGGAAGGAACCAGUCUAUUGUGAUGUAUAAUGUCCGCCAGCCUCUUGGGAUUGUUGCAGUUCAUCCUGUGAAACAGCCAUCUUCCCCGAACCCGUGUGCCUCUGCCCCCUGCAGCCACCUAUGCCUGCUCUCCACCCAGGGGCCUCGGUAUUAUUCAUGUGCUUGUCCAUCGGGAUGGGAUCUCUCCCACGAUUCCAUGAACUGCGUGAGAGGUGAUCAGCCUUUCUUAAUGACUGUAAGAAUGCACGUAAUUUUUGGCAUCUCCCUUGAUCCUGAGGUGAAAAGCAACGAUGCUAUGGUUCCCAUAGCGGGCAUACAGAAUGGCUUUGAUGUUGAAUUUGACGAGGCGGAGCAGUUCAUCUAUUGGGUUGAGAACCCUGGUGAAAUUCACAGGGUGAAGACAGAUGGCACCAACAGGACCGUGUUCUCUCCUCUGUCCCAGCUGGGUCCAUCUAUGAGCCUGGCUUUCGACUGGAUAUCAAGGAACAUGUAUUACACCACGCCUGCAAGCCAGUCCAUUGAGGUGUUGACACUCCGGGGAGAAAGCAGGUACAGAAAAACACUGAUUACCAAUGACGGCACCAACCUCGGAGUUGGUUUUCCUGUCGGUGUUGCUGUUGACCCUGCACGCGGGAAACUGUACUGGUCAGACCAAGGAACAGACAGUGGGGUUCCUGCCAAGAUUGCAAGCGCUAACAUGGAUGGCACAUCUUUAAAAAUUCUCUUCACUGGGAACCUGGAACACCUGGAGGUCGUCACCCUCGACAUCCAGGAGCAGAAACUAUACUGGGCAGUCACCAGCAGAGGAGUGAUCGAGAGAGGAAACGUGGAUGGUACGGAGCGGAUGAUCUUGGUGUACCAUCUUUCCCAUCCGUGGGGAAUUGCUGUCCAUGAUUCCUUCCUUUAUUAUUCUGAUGAACAGUAUGAGGUUAUUGAAAGAGUCGACAAGGCCUCUGGAGCCAACAAAGUGAUCAUGAGGGAUAAUGUUCCAAAUCUGAGGGGCCUUCGCGUGUAUCACAGACGGAAUGUUGGCCAGUCCUCAAAUGGCUGCAGCAACAACAUGAAUGCGUGUCAGCAGAUCUGCCUGCCUGUGCCAGGAGGGCUGUUCUCCUGCGCCUGUGCCACUGGAUUUAAACUCAAUCCUGAUCAUCGGACCUGCUCUCCAUAUAAGUCUUUCAUUGUUGUUUCGAAACUGUUUGCAAUCAGAGGCUUUAGCCUGGAAGUGUCAGAUCAUUCGGAGGCCAUGGUGCCAGUGGCUGGCGAAGGACGAAACAUACUGCACGUGGAUGUUGAUGUAGCCUCUGGCUUUAUUUACUGGUGUGAUUUUAGCAGCUCUAUUACCUCCUAUAAUGCAAUCCGUAGAGUCAGACCUGAUGGCUCUGGUUUUACAAGCAUUGUUACCUCUGGGAUAGGAAGAAAUGGAAUCCGGGGCAUUGCAGUGGACUGGGUAGCAGGGAAUCUUUAUUUCACUAAUGGCUUUGUGGCUGAAACACUGAUAGAAGUUCAUCGCAUCAAUACCACUUACCGCCGUGUUCUCCUUAAAACCACUGUGGAUAUGCCCAGGCAUAUUGUUGUAGACCCCAAGAACAGAUACCUUUUCUGGGCUGACUAUGGGCAGAAACCAAAGAUUGAGCGUUCUUUUCUUGACUGUACCAACCGAACUGUACUUGUCUCAGAGGGCAUUGUCACCCCCCGGGGCUUGGCAGUGGACCACAGCAGUGACUAUAUUUAUUGGGUUGAUGAUUCUUUAGAUAUAAUUGCAAGGAUCCAUCUUAAUGGAGGGGAAUCUGAAAUGGUUCGUUAUGGCAGCCAUUACCCGACUCCCUAUGGCAUCACAGUUUUUGGAAAUUCUAUCAUAUGGGUAGAUAGAAAUUUGAAAAAAAUCUUCCAAGCUAGCAAGGAACCAAACAAUUCAGAUGAGCCAACAGUGAUACGAGACAAUAUCUCCUGGCUAAGAGAUGUGACCAUCUUCGAUGAGCGUGUCCAGCCCCGGUCACCAGCAGAGGUCAGCAACAAUCCUUGCUUGGAAAAUAAUGGUGGAUGCUCUCAUUUCUGCUUUGCUUUGCCCACACAGCACACCUCAAAAUGUGGCUGUGCUUUUGGGACCCUGCAGAGCGAUGGCAAGAGCUGUGCCAUUUCAACAGAAAAUUUCCUUGUUUAUGCCGCUGAGAAUACCUUGAGGAGCUUACACUUUGACCUUGAAGACCAUAGCCCACCUUUCCAAGCAAUAACUAUGGAAAAACCAGCCACUGCCCUGGAGUACGAUAGUGUGAAUAAUAGAAUCUACUUCACUCAAGCUUUAGGCUCUGGACGUGGCCAGAUUUCCUACAUCAGCCUGUAUUCAGGGACUCAUUCUCCAACUGUCAUCGUUUCAGAUAUAGGGACUUCUGAUGGAAUUGCCUUUGACUGGAUCAACAGAAGAAUUUAUUACAGUGACUAUGUCAAUGAGACGAUUAAUUCCAUGGCUGAAGAUGGAUCCUUGUGCACUGUGGUAGCUCGUGUUUCAAAACCAAAAUCCAUUGUUUUAGAUCCUUGUCAUGGGUACAUGUACUGGAGUAACUGGGACAGUCCUGCUCAAAUUGAGAAAGCCACGCUGGGAGGAAACUUCCGCAUCUCCAUUGUGAACACCAGCCUGGUUUGGCCCAGUGGGCUCACUCUGGACUAUGAGUUAGACCUUCUGUACUGGGUGGACAGUAGUUUGCAGAAGAUUGAACGCACCACGCUCACGGGCAUGUACCGUGAGGUCAUCGUCAGCUCAGCUCCUCAUUCUUUUGGCUUGACACUCUAUGGCCAGUUUAUUUACUGGACUGGCUUCUUGUCCAAAAAAGUUUACCGAGCUAAUAAAUAUGAUGGGUCAGGCCAGAUGGCAAUGACUACCACUUUGCCUGUCCACCCGAAGGGUAUCUGCGUGGCUAAGAAGGACCAGAGCCAGCAGUGCAGCAACCCUUGUGAUCAGUUCAACGGGGGCUGCAGCCAUAUCUGUGUGCCAGGACCAAAUGGAGCUGAGUGCCUUUGUCCACAUGAGGGGACGUGGUAUCUGGCCAAUAAUAACAAGUUCUGCGUCCAGGACACUGGUGCCCGGUGUGCACACUCCAUGUUCACCUGCCUCAAUGGCCACUGCAUCGAGGAGGACUGGAUAUGUGAUCGUGACAACGACUGUGGUGAUGGCAGCGAGGAGCUGGAGGUUGUCUGUGCUGAACGCACUUGCCAGUCUGGAUUCACGAAAUGUUUGACCACAAACAUUUGUAUCUCUCGAUUUUACUUGUGUGAUGGAGACAACGACUGUGGUGAUAUGAGCGAUGAAAACCCCACUUACUGCUCCGCUCACACAUGUAGUGCCAGUGAGUUCCAAUGUGUGAAUCCUCCACGCUGCAUUCCUCGGAACUGGUACUGUGAUGAAGAAGUGGACUGUACUGAUGGCUCUGAUGAACCCUCCUCUUGCAAGCUCCCCGAUCGGACGUGCCUGGGUAGUGAGUUCAAGUGUGAUGGUGGCAGGUGCAUCCCCAUUGCCUGGAUCUGUGAUGGUGACAACGACUGCGGGGACAUGAGUGAUGAGGAUGGAAGGCACCAGUGUAACCAGCAAACCUGCUCAAGUUCCGAGUUUCACUGUGUAAACAACGUCCCUCCGAUGCGGCGGUGCAUUCCCCGCGCCUGGGUCUGUGAUGGUGACGCAGACUGUUUCGAUGCUCUUGAUGAGCAUCAGAACUGUACCUGGAGAUCCUGCUCUGUAGAUGAAUUCACCUGUGGUAAUGGGCUCUGUAUCCUGAACUCAUACAGGUGUGACCGACGCAAUGACUGUGGUGACUACAGUGAUGAGAGGGAAUGCUCAUACCCGGCCUGUGGGCAGAACCAGUUUACCUGUGAGAAUGGGCGCUGCAUCAGUAGGGCUUUUGUCUGUGAUCAUGACAAUGACUGUGGAGAUGAAUCUGAUGAGCAGGACCACCUGUGCUCCACCCUGCAACCCACGUGCCCGCCUCACCAGUUCAAGUGUGACAAUGGGCACUGCAUUGAGAUGGCGAAGCUCUGCAACCAUGUGGAUGACUGUUCGGACAACAGUGAUGAGAAGGGCUGUGGAAUUAACGAGUGUCUGGACCACUCGAUCAGUGGCUGUGACCACAACUGCACAGACACACUGACCAGUUUCUACUGUUCCUGUCGUCCUGGUUACAAGCUCAUGUCUGACAAAAGGACUUGUGUGGAUAUUGAUGAAUGCAAGGAGACUCCCUCUGUCUGCAGCCAGAAGUGUGAGAACGAAAUAGGCUCCUUCAUCUGUAAAUGUGCUCCAGGCUACAUCCGGGAGCCUGAUGGAAAGACCUGCCGGCAGAACAGUGACAUUGAGCCCUACCUCAUUUUUAGCAAUCGCUACUACUUACGGAACUUAACUAUAGAUGGCUACUCUUACUCACUCAUUUUGCAAGGCCUGAGCAAUGCUGUGGCCCUAGAUUUUGACAGAGUAGAAAAAAGAUUGUACUGGAUUGACCUAGAGAGGCGAGUCAUUGAGAGAAUGUUCCUGAAUAAGACAAACAGGGAGACAAUCAUAAGACACAAACUACAAGCACCAGAAGGUCUGGCUGUAGACUGGGUUGCCAGACACCUCUACUGGGUGGAUGCCCAGCUGGACGCCAUCUUUGUCUCUGACCUCCAAGGUCGAUACCGCCGCCUGCUAGCUCAGCACUGUGUGGAUGCCAACAACACCUUCUGCUUUGACAAUCCCAGAGGAAUUGUUGUCCACCCUCAAUAUGGAUAUGUCUACUGGUCAGACUGGGGAGAGCGUUCCUACAUUGGCAGAGUUGGCAUGGAUGGAGCCAAUAAGUCUGUGAUUAUCUCAACCAAGUUAUUGUGGCCUAAUGCCAUCACCAUCGAUUACACCAAUGACCUCCUGUACUGGGCAGACGCUCACCUGGGAUACAUUGAGUACUCCGAUUUGGAGGGCCACCACCGACACACAGUGUAUGACAGCGGGCUGCCUCACCCCUAUGCUCUUACCGUAUUUGAAGAUACUAUCUACUGGACAGAUUGGAAUACAAGGACAGUUGAAAAGGGACACAAAUACGAUGGCUCACAUAGGGUGGUGCUGGUGAACACAACACACAGACCCUUUGACAUCCAUGUGUACCACCCAUACCGGCAGCCGAUUGUGACCAAUCCUUGUGGCACCAACAACGGUGGCUGUUCGCAUCUCUGCCUCAUCAGGGCAGGGGGAAACGGAUUCACCUGCGAGUGUCCUGAUGACUUCCAGACCCUGCGUGUGACCGGCAGAACCUUCUGCCUGCCUGCGUGCUCCAGCACCCAGUUCCUCUGCGCUAACAAUGAAAAGUGUAUUCCCAUCUGGUGGAAGUGUGAUGGGCAGAAAGAUUGCUCCGAUGGCUCUGAUGAACCAGCCCUGUGCCCUCAUCGUUUCUGCCGGGUGGGACAGUUCCAGUGCAGGGACGGCAACUGCACCAGCCCCCAGAGCUUGUGCAACGCUCGCCAGAAUUGUGACGACGGCUCUGAUGAAGACCGCGUGCUUUGUGAGAAUCACCGAUGUGAGCCCUACGAGUGGCAGUGUACCAACAAGCGCUGCAUCCCUGAGUCCUGGCAGUGUGACUCAGUGAAUGACUGCCUAGAUAACUCGGACGAGGACAAAGCCCAUUGUGCCAGCCGGACCUGCAGACCGGGCCAGUUCAGGUGUGACAACGGGGUCUGCAUCCCUCAGUCCUGGAAGUGUGACGUGGACAAUGACUGUGGAGACUACUCAGAUGAGCCCCUCCACGAGUGCAUGAGCGCUGCGUACCGCUGUAACAACCACACGGAAUUCAGCUGUAAGACGAACUACCGCUGCAUCCCACUGUGGGCCAUGUGCAAUGGCAACGAUGACUGCAGGGACAACAGUGAUGAGCAAGGCUGUGAGGCACGGACAUGCAACCCUUCAGGGGAUUUCCGCUGUAAAAAUCACCAGUGCAUCCCUCUUCGCUGGAAAUGUGAUAGGGUCGAUGACUGUGGAGACAACUCAGAUGAGGAAAACUGUGCUCCCCGGGAGUGCACGGAGAGUGAAUUUCGAUGCAGUAAUCAGCAGUGUAUUCCCUCUCGAUGGGUUUGUAAUCAAGAGAAUGAUUGUGGGGACAACUCAGAUGAGCGGGACUGUGAGCUGAGGACCUGCCACCCUGAAUAUUUCCAAUGUACAAGUGGACACUGCAUACCCAAUAUAUUUAAAUGUGAUGGAAGAGCCGACUGUUUGGAUGCCUCUGAUGAAACCACCUGCCCCACUCGCUUUCCCAACGGUACAUACUGCCCGGCUACUCUGUUCGAGUGUAAAAACCAUGUUUGUGUCCAGUCUUAUUUUAUAUGUGAUGGAGAUGACGACUGUGGCGAUGGUUCUGAUGAAGAGCUCCACCUCUGCAUCAAUAUUGCUUGUGAACGCCCCGAGCGUUUCCGGUGUGACAACGGUCGCUGCCUUUAUGCUCACGAGGUGUGCAAUGGCGUGGAUGACUGUGGAGACGGAACUGAUGAGAAGGAGGAGCACUGUAGAAAACCGACUCCUAAACCUUGUACAGAAAAUGAAUUUAAGUGCAACAAUGGAAAUUGCAUUUCAGAGCUCUAUAUCUGUGAUAAUGUUGAUGACUGUAGAGACCUCUCUGAUGAAACAGGUUGCAACAUAGGAAAGGACAGAACAUGUUCUGAAAAUCUGUGUGAACAUAACUGCACCCAGUUAAGUGGAGGAGGAUUUAUCUGCACUUGCAGAACAGGCUACAAAGCUGGUACUUCAGACAGAAACUCCUGUCAAGAUGUCAAUGAAUGUGAGGAGUUUGGAGUCUGUCCCCAGAUGUGCCAAAACACCAAAGGGAGUUAUGAGUGCUUCUGUGCGGAUGGCUUCAGAUCCAUGAGCACCCGCCAGGGCGAGCGGUGUGCGGCUGACGGAAACCCUCCUUUGUUGCUACUGUCUGAAAAUGUUCGAAUCCGAAAGUAUAACAUUUCAUCUGAGAAGUUCUCCGAGUACCUGGAAGACGAGGAACAUAUCCAAGCUAUUGAUUAUGAUUGGGAUCCUGAGGGCACAGGCCUCGGUGUCAUCUAUUACACUGUGCUUGCUGAGAGCCCCAAGUUUGGUGCUAUCAAAUGUGCCUACAUCCCCAAUUUUGAAUCUGGCCGCAACAAUCCCACACAUGAAGUUGACCUGGGCCUGAACUAUAUCAUGCAGCCAGAUGGAUUGGCAGUGGACUGGGUUGGAAGACAUAUUUACUGGUCAGAUGCCAAGAACCAACGCAUUGAGGUGGCCAGACUUGAUGGAAGGUACAGAAAGUGGCUUGUCACCACCCAGCUGGAUCAACCAGCUGCCAUUGUUGUGAAUCCCAAACUAGGGCUUAUGUUCUGGACCGACCAGGGGAAAGAACCGAAGAUUGAGUUUGCCUGGAUGAAUGGCGAGCAUCGAAGCGUCCUGGUUUCCAAGGAUCUGGGCUGGCCGAAUGGCCUUUCUAUUGAUUAUUUGAACAAUGAUCGGAUCUACUGGAGUGAUUCCAAGGAGGAUGUUAUUGAAACCAUAAAACACGAUGGGACUGAUAGGAGGAUCAUUGUAGAGGAAGCCAUGAAGCCCUAUAGUCUGGACAUCUUUGAAGACAAGGUGUACUGGGUGUCUAAGGAGAAGGGAGAAGUGUGGAUGCAAAAUAAAUUUGGGCAAGGAGUGAAAGAGAAAAUGCUGGUAGUGAACCCAUGGCUUACUCAAGUUCGAGUCUUCCAUCAACACAGAUACAAUCUGUCAGUGUCAAACCCUUGUAAAAACAUCUGCAGCCAUCUCUGUCUCCUGAGACCUGGAGGAUACAGCUGUGCCUGUCCACAAGGCUCCAGCUUUAUAAGGGGGAGCAUUACAGAGUGCGAUGCAGCCAUCGAGCUCCCCAUCACCAUGCCCCCCCCAUGCAGGUGCAUGUAUGGAGGAAGCUGCUAUUUUGAUGAGAAUGACCACCCCAAGUGCAAGUGUGCUGAGGGUUACAGUGGCGCUUACUGUGAUAUCGGGCUUUCCCAAGGCAUCCCUCCAGGAACAACAGCAAUGGCGGUGCUGUUGACAAUCCUCCUGAUCAUCAUCCUUGCAGCACUGGGAACUUUAGGAUUCUUCCACUAUAGGAAAACUGGCUCGCUUCUGCCUGCUCUGCCCAAGCUGCCAAGCUUAAGCAGUCUUGUGAAACCCUCAGAAAAUGGAAAUGGGGUGACCUUCAGAUCAGGGGUGGAUGUUAACAUGGAUAUUGGCGUGUCCGACUUCGGCCCGGAGUCUGCUAUUGACAGAUCAAUGGCUGCGAGUGAGCACUUUGCCAUGGAGAUGGGGAAGGAGCCUGUGAUAUUUGAGAACCCGAUGUACUCAACCAGAGACACUGCUGUCAGAGUGGUACUGCCGGCCCAGGUGACUAUCUCUGAAAAUGUGGAAAACAAGAAUUAUGGAAGUCCCAUCAGCCCUUCUGGGAUAGUUCCAGAGCCAACGCCAACUUCCCCGGAUGCUGAUGGACCUCAGGCCAAAAAAUGGAGUAUCUUCAGAAGAAAACCCAAACAAACUACCAACUUUGAAAAUCCCAUCUAUGCAGAGAUGGAUACCGAGCCUAAAGAGUAUGUUGCUGCAGCGCCACCUCCAUCGCCUUCUCCUCCUGCUAAAACUUCUCAGAAAGGAGGCCCGUCUCCAGGGUACACUGCAACAGAAGACACUUUCAAAGACACUGCGAACCUUGUUAAAGAAGACUCUGAGACAUAGCCGUGCCAGCCACUGAGGGAAUAAUGAGAAACAUACUUUUGCACGUAUAUUUUUUACAAACAAAUGAAAAAAGUUAACAUUCAGUACUUUAUAAAAAUAUAUAUAUAUAUUUUUUUCCUGUGGUUGCUUAUAGUUGGAAGUAUCUUGUGUGUCUUUUUUUUUUUAUUUACGCUGUUUCAUAUUUUUACAAAUAAUUACCACAAUGUACUGUAUGUAUAUCUUUGCACUGAAGUCAUCUGAAGGUAACACUAUAAAUAUAUUGUGCAUUUGUAAAUUUUGCAGAUUAUAACAUCACUGAAUUUGCUAAUAAAAGUAUCUAUGGAACUGAUUGGCGAUCAUUAUAAUACAUGAUCCAAUAAGGAGAAUUGGCUGGGGUCCCUUAGUCAUGUCUGAUGUCUCCAGAGGAGAUACCAUGUGUGUUUCCUUUAAAAUUAUUGAGGAAAGGAAUCUAGGCCUCACUCUUGGUUCCAGUUUUACACAUCAGCACAUAGCUAAUAUUCUAUAUUACAUAUCAACUUGAUUAGUGGAUAUUGAUAGUGGACAUUAUCUGCUGUAUACAUCUGGGCUUGACUGUAGAUGCCUCAGACAAUACAAAAGGUGGAAAAAGCAAUUCAGUCUCACCCUUCUGCAUAUUCCUGUUAUCUACCCAGAAAAUGCUGUUUUACAUGUUCUCUCACAAGCUGCCAACUGGACAAUUUUAUUUGUACUGUCCACGAGGAAGCCAUGUCAUUAGGCACAAGUGUCUUACAUUGAGUCUCUAUUCAGUUAAAUGAGCACCUUCCUUUGGACUGGAGCUCAUCUAGCUGAAUCACUAAAACCAAAUCUGUGUAUUCUUGAAGUAAGGUGCAAAACAAAUUCCAGUUUAAUGAAUCCUCAACUGGGUUUUUAUUUCUCUGUGUGAAAAUAUAUCAUUAUAAUAAUGCCUAUUUAUUUCCUAAGUGGAACAUGAAUAGAAAGGGAAACUGUUUUUACUGAGCCUUAUUUGGGUCCUUUGCUUAAAUCUGUACAUUGGUAUCAGAAUGUACUGUACAACCCAGCUCUUCGCUAAAGUAGACGGUAGAGUCUCCAGCACAGGAACCACGGCUGGAAUAUGCAUUUCCAUUGCAAAUAGCGUUCCUGGUUCUCUGUGCUAAUCUUGCACAUUUGUUAGAAAAUGAAUGGAUGGAUGGACGGAUGGAUGCAUGGAUGGAUGGAUGGAUGAGAUGUACUACUGAUUAUUUUAUUUCUGGGUUCUCAAAGUAUUUGUUGUUCAUAUUUUGAGUACUGAUUGUAAUUACUUGGAAAUGUACCUUGAUUAGAAAAAUAACUGGAAAUGAUGCUGCUGAAAAAUUUCUAAUAAAUGUGUAUUUUAUCAGAG